AUGGCACCCAUCCCCUCGGACCCGGCACCCUCACCCACUCCCCCCGACCCCAAAACCAACCGCAUGAGCACCGCCUCCAUCGUCGGCCUCUCCGUCUUCGCCUUCUUCGCCGUCUCCUUGGCCAUAACCCUCACAGCAUACUUCCUCCACCGGCGCGCAGAGCGCAACAAACUGCCCCCGGAGAAACGCCCCGUAUCGUACCACCCCUUCCGCACCGCCUCCUCCUCCUCCACCACCACGACAACCGCCCAAGCAAGCCUUCUCGCCAACGCAGCGCCCACCCCCGAGGACGACAAAUCCAGCAUGUUUUCCCGCGACCGCGACGCCAGCCUGAGUCUCUACGUCGACACGGAGAUGCACGAGCGCAGCAAGCGCGCGAGCAUCGAUACCGUGUCGUUGAUCCCGCUGCAUGUCACGCCUGCGGAUGAUGAGGGGGUGAGUCCGCUGGAGAGGGCGGAUAGUACGGGGAGUGGUGGGGCGAGGGGGAGGUCUAGUGUUCGGCUGAGUUUGGCGCCCGAGGAGAUGGAUGGAGGUGGUCGAGGUGGUGGCAGGAAGGCUAGGCCCAGGAGUACGAGUGCGGCGAGCGUGAGGUAUUAUGAGGUUAAUGCUCCGAGUCCCGUGGUUGCUUCGCCGCAGGUUCCGACCAUUGUGCAUACGGUGUCGGAUUAG